AGGAGUGGUGACAUCAGUUGUGACAUCUUAAAGGAGCGGUGACAUCAUAAAGGAGUGACAUUCAGGAGAGAGUCCCAGAAUCACACAACUGUAGUUGAAUCUGAAGACUCGAUCAGACGAAACACAUCGACUGAGAGAAGCAGUUGUCUCAAGAGAAAGAGACUAUCUACUGAGAGAAGCAGUGAAUUUCUCUCCAAAAACCACGAAGCAUCGACAAGAAUUGACCGUAAAUCAGCAUCAUGGUAUCAUCAAGAACUUCCCAGCCAGAAGCCAUCAUGCCAGAGUUCAACGUCCGUCACGUUGUUUCCAAGCUGCUCAACUCCUUCUUUAAGGGGAUGACGGCGGAUCAGUGGGGAAUGAUGAAAUCCGGCAGCCCCGACGACGCCACUAUGACCAUGAUGGGAGAGUUGCUGUUGGACAUCACAGCGGCCUUGACAAAAUCUUUCCUGAAAUCUCUCGGGAGCACGACCCUGGCGUCUGAGGACGACGUCCAGAUCAAUCUGGGCGACACCAUCUCUCAGGGCUUUGCCGAAGCUCUGGGCGUCGACGUCUCGGUUCAGUGUCCGAGCUCCAAAAGCUUGACGACAUUGAUCUCUGAAGAGGUUUCGGAGAGCGUCCGAAGUGCCCUCUCCAGCCCCGAGGGCAUAGUUCAGCGCCUCACUCCUCCCGGCAGACUCAACAGCAUGAUUCUGCACGCCUGCAAAAUGUGCCAAGCGUUCAUCGGCAGGAUGAAGUCGGUGUUCUCGCCUCGACGGUGCAAGCAGAGGACCAUCUCCGAAGAAUCAGAUGUGGAACCGGAACCCUCAGACGCCGAAGACCGCCAUGCGGCGACGCCUUCGUCGAACGUCGUGAUUCCGAUGAAAGACAUCACAUAUGUAACAAUCAUCAUCAAGAAGCAGUUGAACGACAUCACGGAACCUCUCUUGGUUGACGUGCCGGACUCCGAGUACACGCUGCUGCAGUCUCAAAGCGCUCGGGAGAUUGAAGACGUCGCGGAAGACAUUGCUCGGAGCAUCGCCGAAGAGGCUCUAAGACAGACUCCUUCGGAGCAGAAGCGCAAACGCUCCAAGAAAAACAUUGGAAGCAAAAUUAAGAAGCUUUUGGCAAAGUGCUUUGCCAAAUCAUGCAUCCAUCGCAUCGUGGCACAGAUGACGAAGAAAUUCCACCGAGGCUCCAAAGUUCACAGUCGGGAGUCGGCGAAGUCUCUCACGAAGAAGAUUAACGAUCUGAUGAAAAAACCAGAGAACCGCGAUCUUCUGGGACUCGGCACUCACGCUCCUAACCAUUCCCCCCGGUCGAGUCUUGGAGUUCACAAAGGUCUUAAGUGGAUCUCCUCUACACACACAUCCUACACGGACCAGAGAUCAUCCCCGAGCCGGUGA